UUUAAAUUAGGGCACCAAUAAAAGCCUCGCAUCCUCUUCCAAUCACAUCUCUCCGAGGGGGGGGGGAUGAGGCGGAAUGACGUCGGAGAAUAAGAAUGUAGCCAAUGAAAACGCAGUAGUGUUGUGUCUCAACGGCCAAUCGGAAACGGUAACAAAAAUUUGAACCGGAGUACGGCCCCUCUUGUUCGGUCGAUCAGCCAUUCGAGCUCGCGCGUGGAUCUACCGGAGGGCGGAGGUUGCGUGUGGCUGGAGAUAAAGAUGACUACUAAUUUUUCCACUCGGUACAAAAAAGAUCUGAGCGUCGAUGCACUCAAGACAAAAAUUGUUCAUCGAAAGUCUAUAAUUCAAAAAGAGAAUAGGCACAAGGAAUUCAAUAAGGGCAGGCAAUUUGGACUACUUGAUGUGAAUAUACAGCCAUCAAGAAACAAAGCUACUACUCGGCUGAGUAGAAAAAGCAACGUGUGUUUGCCAAAGCCAAAUGCUGCAGCCAAGACUCGUGAACAAGAGCGCAUCGACAUGCUUCACCGCUACAAGGCGGAAAAAGAACUUCGCAGGUUGAAGGAGCAGAGGGAGAAACCUGUUUUUAAAUGUGGACAAUUCAAGCCAGACCAGCCUCCUUUUCUCUCAAAAACAUCACAGAUUCCAGUAUUGAAAACAUCAAAAGAGAAAGAAGCUCCAGUUGUCAUGCGAGUUACAAGGUCGAAAGCAAAACAAUUGCCAGAACCAAAGAAGCCACAGUUAUCAUCGGUUUCAUCUAGCUCCAUCGGUAAGGGCCGCAAUCGGCAGAUAGCUCCGCAUGAACAGAGGCAGAUCUACAUAGACAAACCUUCUAAAGAGAAUAAAGAUAAGCAGUCUGCCAUGUCAAGAAUCACACAUGGAAGAAUGACAAGAGCAACAGUGGCAGCGAAGUCAAGAAUACCACAACCAACCCAACCAACUAUAAUUUCUGGUAACGUGCCACAGAAAAAAGCUACAAUUAAAGGAAAGCAACAGCAAGAGAUAAUAAAGGAAAGGACAAAAGUAGGGCACAAGAGAAAUCAAGAUAUUCUAAUUGAAGAAGAGAAAGAAGAGUUGAAGCUCCAACUUGCUGAAAGCAGUGAACAGAAGGACCUUCUUGACAAAGAAAACAUGAUAGCACCUGCAAAAAGAAAUCGCUCAUUUGCCCCUCAGAAUUUUGUCUUUAAACCUCCCAAAGGCUUGUCUAUCUAUAAAGUGAAUCCAAUGACCCCUUCCAGGGCAAAUGUCUUCUUAUCACCCAAUCUUUCCUGGAGCCCCUCAGAAACAACCAAUGACGUCUACAAAGAAGAAAUACAAGAUCAUAAUCCGCAGUUGUCCUCUAACCCAGAAGUCACAAAGAAAACCACUGAAGGACAUCAAUAUGCCCUGGAUUUAUUGGAAGAAAUUAAAAGAGAACGGGUGCCUAGUGAGAUGAGGUAUAAUACUGCAUUUGAAGAUGAGAGCAGUGUGCAACAACCAGAUCUACUAGCAACUGAAAUAUCAGAGCCAACAACAAAACUCCUGCAUGAUGUGCCCUAUUUCAGAAACAUUCUUCAAUCUGAGAAAGAGAAACUGAUGUCACAUUGUCUUGUAUGGGAUAAAACUGUUGAAAUGGAUAUUCCAGAGGAAGCCAAAGAUCUUGUCCGCACAACCAUUGGGCAAACCCGACUGUUGAUGGCAGAGAGAUUCAAACAGUUUGAAGGGCUGAUAGAUAAUUGCGAAUUUAGACGUGGAGAGAAAGAAACAACUUGCACAGAUCUGGAUGGAUUCUGGGAUAUGAUAAACUUUCAGGUAGAAGACAUACAUAAAAAAUUUGAGAACUUGAAGAAACUUGAGGUGAAUGGGUGGCAAAUGGUGGAUGAUGCUCAGCCCCAUAGACCUGCCAAGAAAAAGCCCAUCCUUCGAAGGACAGCCAAAGCAGCAGGAGGGUCUGUCGAAAGCAAAGCAGCCAGAAAACGGCUUGCAGCUGUAAAAGCAGCCCUGAAGAACAAGACAAAAGAAGGGUUGGCAGCAGAGGCUUCAGGCCAAGCAGAACGGAUAUUUGAUGGAGGGUUUUUCCAAAUUGAAUCUCCUGCCAAAUCCUUUGCAGGCCAGACUCCUAAAUCAACUAAAAAGAUUUCCCAGUGGACGACGCCAAGGUCUGCCAAUAAGGUUUUGCUUCAGAAUUGUGCAGAGAUCUGUGUUUUAAAGCAAGGCACAUCAAGUACGUCCAAAGCCGUUCCUCCUUUUCCAGAACCUAAAGUAUUUCCAGAUCCUGCUGAAACUGACCACCUUGGCUCCACAUCUGAACAAAGUGGCACUCAAGCAACAGAGGAACUAUGUGCUAGAACAGACAAAGCAGAAAUAACUGAUGCAGAAGCAGCCAGCAGUGACAGGAGCUCAUCCUCGAGUGACAUGGAUGUUUAUCCAUUUAAAGAAGCAGCUUCAGAAAUUGGAGAUGAGAUGAAGCAGACCACAAUAGAUGAGGUCAAACAGGGUUUUCUUAGUCCGGCAGAGAAUUCUCAGGCUGCAGAAACUUGUGAUCAAGAUGAAGUACAACAUACUCCAGAACGCUUGUCCUGUAAUGAUGGAAUAUUUGAUCUCCAGCCAAAUCUGGAUGUCAGCCUUUUCUUCACUCCUCAGACAAACAAGGCUGAAAAACGUGUUUCAGCUGAUUCAUGCGGCAACCUUAUUGUAUUCUCUCCUUUUCCGGACAAGGAGAAAUAAAUUACGUUUAAAAGCCUAAUCUCUGUAUUUAAUUAAUAAGUGCAAAAACAGCGUGCGUUUUCUUGUCCUUCAUAAAUUUUAGUUCGGUUAUUAAACUGAACUGCCUUUUCAAAAGUACAGUUCUUUUAAUGAAAAAGACACCUGUGGAGAAUAUGAAUGCUAGAGUGUUCUGUGGUCUGUAUCUCUUGAAUUUUUAAUGCAACAGGACUUGAGAAAAACUGUUGUGAGAAAAAAAAGUAUGUUACAGUAUUUGGCUACUGCAUUUUAAAUGUCUAAUUUUUCUUAAACUUAAUAAAACGUGCAUUUCAGUGUAUAAACACAAUUAUUAAACUUCUGUAAACUAAAUUAAUCUCUGGCGAUCUGUAUCUGCCUUUUAUUUGGAUUUUAUAGUAUUUCUUCAGCCAUUUCCACAGAUGUACCAUAUUUUUCGUUCCAUAAGACACACUUUUCCCCCCAAAAGUGGGUGGAAAUUUCUGUAUGUUGGUGCCAGUCCUUUGGUGAAUAUCAGCUGGGCCACAGCAGCAGGGUCCUUUUACAGUGCUGAGCCCCACCUCUUCUCUUUUCCACAGUGCAGGAGUCAAUAGGCAGAGCUGGCACAUAACAGGACACCUGUCUGGUCCUCUCAGGCUCCGCCUGAUAUAUUUUUUCUUGUUUUCCACCUCUAAACCUAGGUGCAUCUUAUGGUCAGGUUCGUCUAAAUAGUGCAGAAAAUACGGUAUUUAUUUUUAAAUCAAAGUAAUUAAGUAAAAUAUUAAUUUAAAUAAUUGCUUUCAAUCAAGCUCUCCACUAAUAUUAUUUUUAAAACUGUUAUAUAGAUCUGAUCACUGAAUCAUAAUUGAGUAGUAGGCCAAUUCACACCUUAAAUUAAGUCAUGAUUACAGGGAGUCCUUGAUUUACAUUCACAAUUGAGAUUGGAAUUUCCAUUGCUAAGUGGCAGCAGUCGCUACAAUCCCAGUUGCUAUUGUUAACUGACUCCCAUAGUCUUUAGGUGAGGUGACUUCCUACUGGCUUCCCACAACCAAAGUUGGUGGAGAAGCUGACGAGAAUUUCCAGGUAGGUAAGUGGCUGAAAUAGUUAUCUAUUUCAGCUGUAAACCUUGAUUGACAAACCACUAACUGGCUAAUCUCACACAACAUUCUAAGCCUGAAGCAAUCUAUAAUUUAGUGCAAUUGUGAAUCAAGCCAAUGUAUCUUUCCAAGAUGAAAAGCAGCAAUUCAAGAGACUAAGGCAUAUGCCUUUUUGAUAACUUUCCUGGGAGACUGGUAAAUGUCCUUGAUACUCUUAGCAUUGGAACAGGUGUGCCCUAUACGCUGAGUCAUGUUUCUCAAUCUCAGCAACUUUAAGGCAUGGGGUAAAAUCGAUUCGCUUAACAACCAUUGCA